AUGGCCUACCUCAUGGCAAGUAACCAUCAGCAAAUACAGCUAGACAUCUUAAACAAAUACAUAGAUGAUAAGGAGCUCAACAGGCUAGAUCUUCAGCAUGAAGCCGUCAAAAUUGUAUUUGGGGAUCUGAACAUCUGUAAAGAUCAGGUGGACAACGUUUUAGACCCUUUAGAUGGUCAAAGGCGCGUCCUAGACCUUGGUGCGACGGUUCCUUCUCGUGUUCAGGCACCGGAGUUUGGUUUGAAAUACUCUUAUCUGAAGCACAAGGUGUCGACUAUUGAUAGGUGUAUCGAGAUGGCGGAGAUGUAUCCACAUGCAAACAUACUGGGAGUCGACAUCAAACUUCAAGAGCAAUCAAAUCUUCCACCAAACUGUGUCUUUGAGAUCUGGGACGUAAACUCAGGCCUGGAAAGGUUUUAUGGUCAGUUCGACGUCGUUCAUACUCGCUUUACAACGGGGGUGUUCGCGAACCCGCAAACCGCACUGAUUGAGAUGGAGCGAUGCCUCAAGCCAGGCGGGCUCCUCAUCAUCAUCUCGGCUAGCUUUUUACUCUCAGAGGAUCGUAAGACUAUGUAUCCUGUGUAUACCAAAGCGAACCCACAAGGUUCAUGGUUCCAACGUUCGGUCAUGAAGAAUUUUCCUGGGCUUAAAAAACUUGGGGUCGACCCUCAGCUGUUUGAACGGGAAAUUGACAAAGGGUUAUGGAAGCACGAGCUUCUGGAUCCAUUGUCAUGUGCAGCAGCUUUGAUCACCGUCCCAAUCGGACCUUGGCCGACGUCUCCAGACACCAAGGAGGCCGCACAGCUCCGGAAAGUCGGAGAGUAUUGGAGGGAUAAUUUUCUUAUUGUUCAUCAUCAUUGGGAACGAUUGCACGAGGCUUCUGGUCGCUCUCGCUCAGAGUGGGAAUUAACCGUGAGGAAAGUGGACGAAGAACUACACGAAACUCGUCACCGUGUGGCAAUACACAUGAGAGCGGUUUGGGGAAGAGCCCGAGGGUUCAAUCCCUCGCCUUCAACAGUGCAAAGGCCGUUGCCUCUGGAAAGUUCCCCCGGAACAUUCCAAGUCUUGAGUAUACAUCACUCGGAGGAUGAAUGGGUUCGUAUGGGAGAGGAAUAUCGAGCAACCUUUACGCCAGAGAUGUAUUCAUUUCUCAAUAUCCCAAACUUUGACGCACUCCUGUAG